CGGGCUGCAAAUUCUUGUGCGCCUUUGAUGCUACAGGGAGCAAACAACGAAUACUACACUUGUAUCACCAACGGACUGGACGUGAUAGAGAUCUCGAAAUUCCCUUGCCAAAUCCCACCCUCGCAAGGAUCCACGUUACGAUACAACACGAUAAACAGCCUACGAGAGCUUGUGUGCAUUCUUCUGGAACGAAUGAGGCAAGAGCAAUGAGCGUGAAUACGGAUCAUCGAUGAGCUCUACCGGCGGAGAUGGCCACCAAGGCGGGAUUAAUGAAGACGUGGAAGCGGACGAGCUGACGCGGAUUUCGGAGGCACGGCUGGAUGGUGAAGGACACGCAGAGGCAACAGAGUUUGGAGACUUCAUAGAGCCAGAUGCUGAAGUGGAUGCUCUGGUUGAGGAUGAGGGAGUCUUACCCGAAAGUGCUGUCAACGGGGAAGUCCACGAAGAGCAGGAAGCGGAUGAUGGGAGCGACCAGGACUAUCCGCAGCUUCGCAGGAGCCAGGAAGGGGACGUGUCUCGCGAAGACUUGAACUCUGGUCCUAGGACUCC